AUGAAGAUACUUUCUUUCAAUGUUAGAGGUUUGGGGGUGGGGGCGAAGAGAAGAGUAAUUAGAGAACUGGCUUGUCAAAAUUAUGUGGAUAUGUUGUGCAUCCAAGAAACCAAGCUUCAGAAUGCUGAUAGGCGUCUUUGUAAUAUGUUGUGGGGUGAUACUGAUUAUGACUGGAGAGCAAGCCCCGCAGUGGGUAGUGCAGGUGGAUUGCUUUGUAUUUGGAAUGCGAAUACUUUUGCUGUGGAGGAGGUUGUGCAGGGAAGUAGGUUCCUUGGCUUGAUUGGCGUUUGGGCAUUGAAUCAACACAGGUGUGUCAUAGUUAAUGUUUAUUCUGCGUGUGGUUUGGAGGACAAGAGGGUGCUAUGGUCUAGGUUGCUUGAGUGGAGACAGCAGUGUCAGGACCUCUCGUGGUGCCUGUUGGGGGAUUUCAAUGCAGUUAGAUAUGCAGAGGAGAGGAGGGGUGUGGCCGAGGUGCAACCCUCUCAAAGGAGGGAGAUGUCUGAAUUUAACGUGUUCAUUGGUACAAUGGAGCUGAUGGAUAUACCAUUAGCGGGCAGGAAAUUCACUUGGCGCCGGCCAAAUAAUCAAGCUCAGAGUCGGAUUGAUAGAUUUUUGAUCUCUAAGGAGUGGUGUGAUGCCUGGCCAAAUUUCUCUCAAUUGGUCCUUAACCGUGAUAUAUCUGAUCAUAGUCCUUUGUUGUUAAGGCAAGCUUUCCAUGACUGGGGUCCGAAACCUUUUAGGGUGCUUAAUUGCUGGCUUGAUGACCAUCGAUUAGACGCUUUUGUGAAGAAAACCUGGGCUGAUUUGCGUGUCCGAGGUUGGGGAUCAUAUGUGUUAAAGGAGAAGCUCAAGGGUCUGAAAGGUAGCCUUAAGGAAUAG